AGGAAACCUGCAUACCUGAGAAUUUUCUCAAUCCUCUGCGUGUACGGAUCCAGGCCAGCGUGGUGGUAGCUCCUAUUCUGAAUAUGGGUACUAACAAACUAUACGCCACACACAUCUCUUGUUGUGUAAUUCUUUGUGGGUUACUUGGGAUAGGCGGGGAGAGUGACUUGAGUGUAAAAGGGGAGUGUUUGUUAACAGUCAAAGGAUCCUUUAACCCUACACACAUCGUUCACAACUGCGUGACUUCACUCAAUGUCAUUGUCUGCCAUUCUAGGAUCUUAUUUUGGUUACAGUUUGAUUUGUUAAUUAAGUUUGUCUGUUGUGAAUCAUAACCUUUGUUUGACAUUAGUUUUCUUAUUUUGUAAUCACUUCCGACUCUGCUAAAAUACUAAACCGUAUAAAAAAAUAAUAAUAUUAUGUAAAUAAUAAAAAUAUAGUAUAGUCAUUAAGUUCAAUAAUUAUUGUGUAUUUUAAACAAUGUAAUUUAGUUAUAAGAUUAUUUUUAAAAAAAAUUGCAUGCUAUUUUGUAGCAAAUUGUAUUCCAACAUUUAUUGUACCAAGAUCUGUAUUUAACAAUUUGCAAAUAAAGAAUUAUGAAUUAUACCUACCGUUUAAUAGGUCAAAAUUAUAAUUUUUAAAUUUUCCAAGUAACCCAUCCCUGAAUAAUACAAACAAAACGUGUUAUUGAAAAAACUACGUAAAUUAAAACUCAAUAUUUGUACAGAUUUUUUCACUGACAACCUAUUGUACGGUUUAGUAUAAAUGGCGGAUGUGGCGACUGUAUUUUGUAUAGUCGACCAGAUCUACUACUAGCUACACAUCAAGAUGAAAGGCAUCUUCGCUUUUGGCUUCGUGGCCCUUUUCGCCACACUACUGCCCCAAGUGGUGCCCCAGUGGGCUCCCAUCACCGACGCUGCGAACAACGCGGCAGCGUACUCAACCUUCGGUGCCAGUCUUGGAAAAGUAGUAGAAAGCUUGAAAACACUGCUAGAAAAUUUAUUAAACGGUGUAAAAGCAGAGGGACAAGUAAUCGUUGACGCCCUUAAAGAGGCUCUUGCAACCCUACGCAAGGCUUUAGAGCAACUGUUCAAAGAUCUCAAAGGUGUAACCGAUGAAGUCAAGGCACUCGUCAAAGAGUUGUUGGACACUUUGGAUCAAAUUGUUAAAAAACUGACCGAGCUUUUAGCAAGCACAACUACAGCUGUUUUAGAUGAAGUGAAACAAGACUUAGAUGGUCUAUUUGAUAAAUUGUCUGCUGUACUCAAGCAAAUUUUCGAUUCCCCAAUACUCAAGAAUUUGGUUGACAGCUUGAGUGCAUUGUUGAAAACUCUUCUUGAUGAAAUCCACAAAUUGCUGUCCAUUAAAAUUACUGUUAGUGUUGGAGAUGGAGCUGCAACGACCGCCUAAAUCUGAGAAUAUUCAGCGUAAAAAUUCACCCAAACCGGACCAUCGAAGAUAAAAUCUCUUACACGGAAUCAGCGAUGCCAAUGGAAUUAGCCUGCCUUUGCCUGUAAAUUUAGUUAUUCGUUAAUACAUAAAACGUUUAUUAGACGAGUAAAUUACUGAAACAUCCCAAUAGAUACAGUGCGUAAUGCUUAUAAGGAGUGCACAUGAAAGUAAGUCAUCAUAAAGUACUAUUUCAUAGAAAAUGUAUAACUCACUUCAAACAAACUAUACCGCAAUGCAAUGCGGUGGGUGGUGCCAUCUGUUAUCAAUACUUGUAAAGAUGCACUACAAAUACAUUUUAAAUUUGACUACCACUUAGUUUCUUCUCUAGUUUCGGUUUCGGUGGAAACUGAGACUGAAGCCGAAAUUCGGUCGUGCAAUGGUGACAUAGCGCUCUCGCGCUGGGAAACCUGAGGGUAGAUUCGAGCUAAGUGUUAAGUAAAUUCGCACAAGUUAUACAUGACCACAUACGCGACAUUUCUAUAAUUUCAGUGCCUUUACUCGCUGUUAAAUACAUGAUAUAUUUAGACAUAUAUAAAACUGUGCACAUGCGAACAGAUCGGCUGUAUUAACGAAUAUUCUUCUUUAUGGAUAAUGAAUAAUAUCAAAUAAUAUAUUUUUUUGUUCACUGUGUUAUAUUUAUAAAUGUUGUUCUAAA